AAAAGCAUAAUAUUAUAUCACGUGACCCCAUCUAGCUCGCUGCUCACCUGACCAACACUCACUACCCUGUACGGUAGUCUGUCUGUGGUCAAGAGUGCCCUCAUCAUGCUCCUGGAACUGCAUGUCUGGGGUCCGGCGUUCUCGCUGCCCUCCAUCGACGCGCAAUGUCUCGCGACCAUGACCUAUUUCUCUCUCGUCCUCCCCAAGGAUGCCUGGGUGUUGGUUGCCAGCAGCGAUCCCUCCGUUUCGCCAACAAAUGAACUGCCUGCCCUGCGAAGUGGCGCCACCUGGGUGAGCCGGUUCCGGAAUAUUGUCGACUACCUCCGUCAAUACUCGGGCGGCGAAUGGGAUCUUGACAGGGAUUUGACCGGCGGCGAGAGAGCGGACAACAUUGCAUUCUCCUCCUUUGUCGAAUCUCGCGGACAAUCCCUCGUCGAUCUCUCGCUGUACGUCUCGAGCCAGAACUACUGGGACAAAACCUCGCCAGCAUACGGCGCGAUCCUACAAUGGCCGAACCAAUGGAUCCUUCCGCCCAAGAUCCAUGCGCAGGCCAAGCUGCGUACCGAGCACCUCGGCCUCUCGUCGCUCGACCUCGAAGCCAUCCGCGAACAAAAGGACCGCGAGCACUCGGCCGCCGUGGCGGCGGGCAAGAUCCCCAAGACCCUCAUCCGCAACCCGCGCGAGACCGUCUCCACCCUGCUGAGCAAGACCUCCCAGCAGAACCAGUUCCGCCUGGAAGCCCUGACGGCCGAGUUCUUCGAACCCCUCGAAUCCCUCCUCGGCCACCAGCCGUAUUUUCUCUCUCCCGACCGCCCUACCACCCUCGACUGUCUCGCCCUGGCCUAUCUCUCCCUCGCCGAUAUCCCGGACCUGCCCUUUUCCUGGCUGCGCGAUGCCAUGCGCUCCAAAGCACCAGGCUUGACAGCGUACACUGACCGAAUGCGCCGUCACCACCUAGGUCUCGAGGUCAAAGUGAUAGAUGCUUUAUCUGCGACUUCUACUUCUUCUACUUCUUCUCCUUCUCUCCCCUGGCAAGCGCCAGAGCGCGCCUCCUUCGCAACCCUAGGCAAAACCCUCUACGACACCCUUGCCGACUCGACCCCCAUCCUAAAACACAUCCGUCUGAACAACCGUCUUCGCGAGGCCGCCCUAGCCCCGCACUCGGGCCUUUCAGGCAAAGAAAGCAAAGCGGUAUCAGCGUACGCCCUCGCCCGCAAACACGACCUGUACCUUUCCAUCGGCUCUGUCGUGGUCUCCCUAGCCGCCUUGGUAGGGUAUAUGGCGCACAUCGGCCUGGUGGGCUUCUCUCUCGCCGAGCAGGAAGUACCCUCGGGCACAGAUCCGGAUCCUGAUGCUGACAUCGACGCCGUGGUUGAUGCGGGGCAGGUCGGCGAUUUCCUUUCCAUGCUCUAGCAUAUAACUCUAUAGUGUGGUAUCUUGGUAUACUUCACUCAUACUUGGUAUACACUCAAGUUCAUCCAAGUCUACCUGUUAUUUAGCGGUUAGUGUAUUAUUAUCAUCUUUGGUAUUAAUUAUAAAUUAGCAUUGUUUAUCCUUGAAGAAUUCUCCAUCCAUGUAUUUAAUCAUUCAUCGUAUGCCUAUAGACUUUCCAUGGGUAUAUGUCGUAUAGGAUGUCCAGUCUCUAUACUUAGCAGGUAUAUAUCUAGAAGCUUAAGCUUGGCAGUCAGAUAUAAACUGAAGCAUGCUUGAUCCAUAGGCUAUACAA